AAGUCCACGUGGUGUUUGUGCAUGUUAGUGUGGAGAUGUUUUGAUCAAGCCGCCCGCCAUAUUCAGGGCUGAAAAGCUUAGACAAAUUACUUCCCGAUAUUAUAAAGUAUCUCGGCAACCUGAGAAAAUUGAUUUAUUAGUGUAAAGGACUAGAUUCCAAACCUGUUUCUACGCGAUGGGUUUGGAAGCGCUUUUAGAAGCUGCGGAAUUUUUGGAGUCUCGCGACCAAGGUAAGCGAUGUCAAGUGCCCGCAAAACAACGACAUCAGUCACUUGAUGGACAGUUGUCAGAGUCCGGUGCCUCUGAAGAAGGAAGCGACAGCAGUGGAUUCGUCGCAAGAUCGCCAAAAGAGGAGCGAAUUCGAACGAAAUCCGGCAGUUCACGCAAUUCCGACGGAAACUUCGAAGGAUCCAGCGGGGAUAGCGCUUUUCUUCGCGCAGGCACCAGAGAAGUUCACAACAAAUUGGAAAAAAACAGGCGCGCCCACUUGAAAGAAUGCUUUGACUUUCUAAAGAAGAAUAUCCCAAGUCUUGAAGAAAAGAGGACGUCAAACCUGGGCAUUCUGCGCAGUUCUCUUCGCUACAUUCAGAAUCUGAAGCGCAAAGAGCGAGAAUUCGAAAUCGAGCUGCACCAGUUCGUUAACCAGAAGAUCGUGCUACAGGAACGUCUGUCCAGCCUGAAGACGGACCUGCAGAAAAUGGACAUCGACGUGGACCUGAACGCGCUGGCCGUGUCCCAGGACGACGAGGACAACGAGACGAACUCAACGUCAACGGCGACAGAGCGAGGCACCCCGCCACCUAGCGACUACGACGAAAACGACGACGACGAGGAGGAGGCAGAGCGUCUCGCCAUGGAGACCAACUCGCCGACGCCGCGCACCGGCAAGAAGCGGAAACACCACACCCGCAAGUUAUCUGAAGGCGCAAUGCCAGUUCUCUACACUCGCACCAUGACCCCAGAUGCUGUCCGCCUACCGCCCAAAAAAGCACUCACUCAGUCCCUCAAUGGCCUGGUGCGGUACCAACCAGCCUUGGUACCCAGCCAAAGUCCUGGAGCCCCACUGCAUGGCAACCAGGCGCCUCAAAAGCCCCUACCCCUGAUACCCAUCACACUGAGUCUGUCCGGAGUGGGGCAUCCACAGGGCUUGGCAAUGCUAAACCAGUUGACUGCACCAGCUGGGUUUGACAUGAGAAUGACCAAUAAGCUGCUGGAGAUGGCUCCCAAACAGCAGCCCCAACCGGCUUAUAGCACCACAACCACAUCACCAGCAUUCACACUGGCAGCCCUAGGGCAUCCAUCAGCUGUGUAUUCCCAGGCCCCUCCCACGGAGCCCCGUCCCCUGCUGGCAGUGAAGCAGCUCCCGGUGACCCAGUUACUCCACCAGACGUUGACACAGAGGCAAGCUCUGCAGAAGCAGGCCAACUCUUCACAGUCUUGUGCCCAGCUUAAGCUGCCCCCCAGUUCUCAGCCCUCCCAAAUCCUCCCCAUGACGACACAGGGAUCAGGAGGGUCACUAGUGGUCAAAGACAGGGUAGUGACCAUCGCUAAGCCACCCUCUCUCUCCAAUACUAUCUCCAUGCAGAACAGGUCGUCUUCAGGCACCACAUCUGUAGCGACCAUGGCAUUCUGGCCUUCAUUGCAGAAGAUAGCACAUCCAGUCCUGCUGACCUCUCUCAACGCCCCAGCAAUGACACUUCAGACCGCCAGCACAACGGGGACCUCAUUGCCAGCAGGACUGGCAUCUGCCUCGUAUACCUCGCUGAAAAAUGAUUUUAAAUUAGAACCUUUGAAACAGUCUGUGAUACCAUUUAGUGUGAACUCUGUGAUGGGCACUUCUGUCAAUGUGAGUAACCUUCAACCACUGAACAAUCUAGUAGCAUUCUCUGUGGCCUCCACUGCUCCAAAGACUGUGACCACGCUGAAGCCAGAGAUGUCAGUGAUGUCAACGGUCCCCCUGAGGCACAUUGUCAACGGUCAGCUGGCCUGGCCCUUCCUUGCCCUGCCUCGCACCCCAAUGAUUGUCUCAACCAGCAACCUUUCUAACACCCUGCCCGUUUCAGUGAGCGUGAGCUCAUCUAUUGCUGGUCACAUGACUUCUCAUCCUCUGGUUUCAUUGACUGGCUUCAACCAGCUGACCCACAUGAACCAACUGACCCAGAUUAUGACCCCUAUGACUGUCAUGUCUCCAGGGAUUCAGAUGACCCAGACAGGCCUCACUCAGGCCCAACUAAACAGUAUGUUUGCUUCCCCGCUAUUAAAACCUGUACAGCUACCACUUCUUCAAUCCGGUCAAGUCCUAAGUCAACAUUUGGUCAAACCUGUUAUCAGCCAGCAUGUGAUAAAACCAGUUAUAAGUCAGCAUGUGGUCAAUCCGGUUAUAAGUCAGCAUGUAAUAAAACCGGUUAUAAGUCAGCAUGUGGUCAAGCCAGUUAUAAUGGUGACCAUGCCUAGUGUGCUGACAACGCCCACAAUUGCAACAUGCUCUGCAGCACUUGUUGCAACAACAACUGUCACCAAGUCCUGAUUCCUGGUGCACUUGAACCAUUAACAAUCAAAGGACAGGGAAAGUGCUUUUGCUUUUGUUGGUGCAGGCAAGAUAUAGGGAAAAUAAGUUAAAUGGCAGAGAAAACAGGCCACAUGACUAAACACAUCAGGUCUUUUGACUGAAGACAUUAGGCCCUGUUACUAAACACAUCAGGCCUCGUGAUUGGAAACAUCUUGUGCUUAAGCUAAGUCUUCAAAAAUAUUUCCAAAGUUGAAGUACUUUUCGAGACAUUUUAUAGUGUUUACAUGAGGUAAUGUUGUAUAAUGUCGAUAUACGUACAUGCUUCUUUAGCUCAACAUUGAUAUUAGGAAGUAUGAAAUGUAACAACAUGGCAUGCACAAAUCUGAUUUUCUCAACAUUGAUAUUAGGAAGUUUGAAAUGUUACAUAAUGGUAUGCACAAAUCUGAUUUGGGCAGGCAUAGAACAUGACAAUCACAGUGUGAUAGUCUACAUAGAGUAGAGUAAUUUAUUGAUAGGUAGUAAAUUAGUUGUAAUAUAAGUGUUUGGUAUUAUAAAGUUUUAAUGUUAUAGUAGAUGAUUGAUUGAUCCUUAAGACCAAUGUAGGACUCGAUGGUUUAGAUUCCUCAACAAAUAUUUUUUUUAAAGUACUAUGUCAGUUAGUGAAUGUAUGUUUUUCUUAAAUCAUUUUAGUAUUUUUUGUUUAGCUUACCAGAACACAACAUUCUCAUGAUAAGCUUUUCUGAUCAUAAACUAGAUCACCUGGUCAAAUUACAAGAAAAGCUUUCGCACACCUUAGAUGCCACAUGCAAUACCAAAUCAUGAUUUUGGGUCAAAACAUUUGUGCCCAUGAAUCACAUUGUGUCAAAAACUAGGUCACUAGGUUGAAUUUAUGACAAAUUUUGUGAACUCAUUUGAGACUUCUUUAUGUAGCUAUGCAUGUAGUUAACCCAUUAAACUUUCUAGAAAUCACAUUUUUAACCCACUCAUUGUGAAACUGUUUAAGAACAUACAAAACUAAUUAUGAAAUUAAGUAAAUACUAUCGUCUCAGAACAAUUAAGUUCCUUGAGAAGCACUGUAGGACCUGUGGCCGUAAUGUCUCCAUGAUACUAUGGUAUGCUAGAAAGUGACCAUCUUACUGAUUGUUGACAUUGAAGGUAAUUAUUCAGAUGGUUUUGACUGGCAUGGGCAAUCCUGGAUCCAUUUUAAGUAUGUAUACGCACCAUGGCUAUGGAUCUUGUGGAAUGAUUCCUGGACAACAUUCACCUUUUAGUUGCAGAUGCAUGUUUGAGAAUAAUUAAACAUCUAAAUCUAUUAAAAAUUAAGUUGAAAAUUAAAGAAACUAUCAGUGAAUGGUCUCGUUUUAUACAGAAUAAAAGAAAAGGCUGAACCAAAAGGCAAGUUUUGUAUUCAUUUAAAAGUGAUUGUAAAAUCAAUUGUGCACGUAAUUGCGUAGGCCUUGAUUGAGACUAUGAGUUAUUGAGGUCAUUAUUUGCGAUCCAUCCAGAUUAAUCCUGCGCUGUGUGAAUUAUAGACUUCUGACAAAAUCUGUUUCAAUACAGACUUGUAUCCUUUGGAUGUUAGAAUGAUUCAGAAUCGCUUUGAGAAAAUGGGCUUAAUGCAAGUACAGUUGACACACAUGCAAAUCAGGGACGACAGUUAAUGCUUUUAUGUCCUUUUUUUAUAAGAAGGGGGUAUCUUUAAAAAAAAUCCAGCAAAGGCGGAAUGUUUUCGACCUCGUUAGUCUGUGUAGAGUAUUUGGGACGAUACGUAAUGCACACACAUUUAACGUGUUGUCCCUUAGUGAGGCUCGUUCAUUGAGAUGUUGCUGGCAUUACAUAAUAACAUCAACUAGUAGUAAUUUAUGACAUUUAAGUAACGUUUAUCAAUAUCUGUUAAUAGUUGAAAUUGAAUCUACUAUCUUGAGUUCAGUUUUGAUAUUUGUAUUAAGUGUUUGGUAUAUCAAAAGAAUUGAAUGUGUAUUGUUUCGUGAACUAUCAUGAUGCUUUAAGUGUUGUGAUGUCACCAUAUGAAGUGGCACAUGGUGUUAAAUCCAAAGACAUACCCAGCCAUUAUUACCUAUUUAUUGCGAUCUAGUGCUAUUUUUGUACUCUUGUGCAAUGCUUAAUUGUUUGUUUCUAUCUGAUAAUAAAAUGAAUCGUUACAAA